AUGGAUCACCCGUACGAGCAACCAUACUUUCAGCUACCUGACGGCACCGGCAUCUCAGAUCUACCCUUCGACUACGAUACAGACACCGUGGAAGCCCAAGAGCUCCUUCAACGCGUACACGACUACCGGCUCACCGAUGACUCCGCCGUCCUCGCCGCCCUGCCCUCAAUCUCCACCCACCUCUCCAUCCCACUCAACACAACACACUGCUCACUCAUUGGCCACUCACUCGGCGGCUCCGCAGCACUCGGCCAGAUCCUGCACAAACGCGCGCACACGACAAACCGCACACACCAAAUCUUCGGCGCCCUCAACAUGGACGGAUCACUCUGGGCACCGGCAUCUACAAACGACUCAUCCGCAGACCUGCGCAUACCCAGCUUGCUGCUAAGCUCGUCAGGCCCAAAAGGGGAUCCGCUGUUUGCAGACUUCGACGCACUGCAGUCGGCCUGGGCUAAGGAAAUCAACAUCGGCGCGCGGACCAACCACACCAAUUUCUCGGAUCUGAUCAUCUUGAAGCAAGGGCUGGGCAUAGCGGGAGGUGAGGGAGCGGUGGGUGCGGACAGGAUGGUCAAUAUUACGCGCACACUAGUGGGGAGUUUUCAGGGCCUCGUUACUAGUAAAAGCGAGGGAGUUUUGAGGGGCACAGACGAGAUACGAGAUGCUUAG